AUGGCUUCACCCUUUGCGUUUGGAAAUCCGGCAUCGAGCGGCGAGACGAACAAAAAUACAACAUCAACUGCGCCUGCGUCUGGAUCACCUUUUGGCUCAGCUGGCGGCGCUGGCGGUGCUGCGGCACCCCUCAGUUUUGGGUUUGGUUCGGCGGGUGCUGCGAGCAACACAGAUAGCGCACCGAAGGCUGGCGCCAUGUUCGGCGGUGCCGCAUCUACAACUCCCACGACGGCCUCGGGUGGCCUUUUCGGCGGCAACUCUACGACUCCUGCCCCAGGUGGUGGUCUCUUCGGCGCGAAGCCUGCUGGAACUGCGCCUGCCAGCGGCAAUAUGUUUGGGGGCGGCGGUGCGGCUCCCGCUGCCCCUGCUUCUGGUGGACUGUUUGGUGGCGCGAACAAUGCCACAGCAAAACCUGCAGGGGCUCUUUUUGGCGGUACCUCUACAUCAACUACGAAUGCCGGAGCCGGCCUCUUUGGCCAGGCUGCAUCGACGAACCAAGGCCAAGCCGCCACGACUACCACGACCGCGCCCGCAGCGUCAGGACUCUUUGGUGGCGCUGCCCCUACAUCUUCUGCUCCUUCAUUUGGAGGGAAUAUGGCUGCGCCUGGCGUAGGUGCCGGCGCUGCCACCCCGGCCAAGCCCAUGUUUUCUCUUCCAUCGACGACACCCGCCGGAGCGCCUCCUGCUGCUGGGGGCGCAGCCGGCGGACUCUUUGGCGGCGGUGCGAAGCCUGCUGCUGGUGGGCUGUUUGGCGCGAAGACCACAGGGACUGAUGCUGCUGCAGCACCUGCCACGACGGCACCUGCUAGCGGUGGACUGUUCGGUAACCAGCAGGCCGCACCUAGCGCUGGAGGUCUCUUUGGCGGCGCGAAAGCAGCUGCGGCUCCCUCGCCGGGUCUCUUCGGAGGUGCUUCGGGCGCGACUGCUACAUCACAGCCCGCAGCUGCCCCUGCUGCCGCCGCAUCGGCCGGAGCCUCUUCUUUGUUUGGCGCCAAGCCCGCAGCUGCGACUAUGGCGGCGUCUACUCCCACAACUACGACUGCGCCUCCCAGCUCAAGCGGUCUCUUCGGCGGCGACGGCGCUACAAACACAACAACUUCGGCACCGGCCGCAGGUGGCCUCUUUGGCGCUAAACCUGCUACCACCGCGACAACGACGACUGCUUCUGCAGCAGCUCCUAGCACCGCUGGUGGUCUAUUUGGAGGUGCGAAGCCUGCCACGGAUGCUGCGAAGCCUGCUUCAGCCCUCUUUGGAGCGCAGUCUGCGACAACUGCAGCUGCUGCUACCUCGAUGCCGACUUCAAGUGCCACACCGGCUUCGACGACUGCCACAGCCAGCGCCUCUGCCUUGUUUGGCGGCGCGAAGCCAGCCACAGAUGCCGCGAAGCCCGCCACUCAGACACCGACCGGCGCUUCCAACAGUGCCCACGGCGCCUCUACCACUGGGCCUCCCUCGCAAAUCGCCAGACUCAAGAACAAGACCAUGGAAGAUAUUGUCACUCGAUGGGCAUCAGACUUGACCAAGUACAAGAAGGAAUUCAAGGACCAGGCCAUAACGGUGUCCACCUGGGACAGGAACCUGGUUGAUAACGGCGAGAAGAUUCAAAAACUGUAUCUGGACACAUAUGAAGCUGAGCGCGCCAGUCACGAGAUUGAGAGACAGCUCGCUGCCGUGGAGAGCCAGCAGGAGGAACUGGAAGCCUGGCUCAGCCGUUACGAGUCUGAGGUCCAAGACAUGUUUGCCAAGCAGCUUGGUCCUGGCGAGCAUUUAGCCGGACCAGACCAAGAGCGUGAGCGCACAUACAAACUGGCUGAGAAGCUCACUCAGCAAUUGGACGAGAAGUCUCGCGACCUGUCCAAGAUGGUCAAGGAGAUUAAUGAUAUUUCGGGAACCCUAAGCAAGGGUGCGAAGGCAGAGGACCCGUUGAGCCAAAUUGUCCGCGUUCUCAACGGCCACCUUACACAGCUGCAGUGGAUCGAUGCCAAUGCGACGGCGCUGCAAGCCAAGGUGACGUCGGCACAAAAGACGAACAAUGGCAUGGCAAACAACUAUGCGGGCGUGGAGAGCGACGUGGCCGAGGGCUUCUAUCGUGCAUACACUGGUCGCAGAUAG